CGGCGACAACGCUGCAGUUAAAGCCAUUUCGCCAUCGACGUGAGAGACUCGCUUGGGAUUGCGCUGUUAAAUGAUCCGAAUUCGACGUGGCCCAAUUCCACCGUAACCGUGUGAUUACCGUCACCCCGACGGAGCCCGACGCAGAAAGAACGCACGUAACGAGGAACUCGGCGUGCAGUGUAAGAACACAGCUCUCGAGUCUCCGCCGAUUGCGUGCCAAAAAGAUUUCGUGGCGAUUUUGUGUCCGAUCGUAGAAGAAAAGAUCUCCUUUGUUGUCCCUUCCCCUACCUCGGUUUCAGAUCUACUUUGUGGACUUUUUCGUUGUCUUUUUCUUUCCUACGUAUAUUGAGGCCUCUGGGGCUGGCCUUUCGCUGUCGGCGUCUUUGGAGCGUGAAGUUUGGAGCUUUGGGGAUCAGGAGCGAUGGGGAGUGGAGGGGAGGAGAGGGGGAAGGGGGCGGGCUUCGAUGGCGCGAUGGCGGCGGAGCUGGUGGCGGGACUGAGGCGGAGCUUCGCGUCCGGGCGGACGCGGAGCCACGAGUGGCGGGCGGCGCAGCUGAAGGGAAUCGUGAGGAUGAUCGACGAGAAGGAGUCGGCCAUCAUGGCCGCGCUCCACGAGGACCUCGCCAAGCCCCAGAUGGAGUCCUACCUCCACGAGAUUUCACUUGCAAAAGCAGCAUGUACCUUUGCCUUGAAAGAAAUGAAACGCUGGAUGAAACCUGAAAAGGUGCCAACUUCUCUUACAACUUUUCCAUCAUCAGCAGAGAUCAUUUCAGAGCCCCUAGGUGUCGUGCUGGUCAUUUCAGCUUGGAACUAUCCAUUUCUGCUGUCUAUUGACCCUGUAAUCGGAGCACUUGUGGCUGGCAAUGCUGUUGUUCUAAAACCAUCAGAAGUUGCACCUGCCACAUCAUAUUUUUUUGCAAAAGUUUUACCUGAGUACAUAGAUAACUCUUGUGUAAAAAUAGUUGAGGGUUCAAUCCCUGAAACAACAGCACUUCUGGAGCAAAAGUGGGACAAAAUAUUCUAUACAGGUAAUGGCAAAGUGGGCCGCAUUGUGAUGGCAGCAGCCGCAAAGCAUCUAACUCCAGUAGCCUUGGAGCUUGGUGGAAAAUGUCCUGCUCUUGUGGAUUCAAGUGUCGAUGUUAAAGUUGCAGCAAAGAGAAUUGCCGUAGGCAAGUGGGGAUGCAACAAUGGGCAAGCUUGUAUCGCUCCAGAUUACAUCCUAACAACGAAGUCAUUUGCUCCGACACUGGUGGAUGCUAUGAAAAGAACAUUAGAGAAAUUCUACGGGAAGGAUCCCUUGGAAUCAGCAGAUUUGUCUCGCAUUGUAAACUCUAACCAUUUCAAACGCUUGAUGAGCCUUUUAGAUGAUGAGAACGUUUCUGGCACGAUCGUCUACGGAGGCCAGCGGGAUGAACAGCACUUGAAGAUAGCUCCUACGCUCUUGUUAGAUGUGCCACAUGAUUCAUCAAUAAUGAAGGAGGAAAUAUUUGGCCCUUUCCUUCCAAUUGUUACAUUCGACGAGGUGGAAGAUUGUAUUGACUUUAUAAACUCAAAGUCAAAGCCACUUGCAGCCUAUCUCUUCACCAAAGACCGGAAAAUAGAAGAUCAGUUUGUAAAAAACGUCUCUGCUGGUGGAAUGCUCGUCAACGAUGUCGCCUUGCAUCUCGCAAACCCACAUCUGCCAUUCGGUGGCGUAGGCGAGAGUGGAAUCGGUGCUUACCAUGGCAAAUUCUCAUUUGAUGCGUUUAGUCACAAGAAAGCCAUCUUAUAUCGUGGAUUUGGCGGGGAAGCUCCUGCUAGAUAUCCUCCAUAUACACCACAAAAGCAGAGAAUUCUUAGGGGACUCAUCAAUGGCAGCAUCAUCGCACUUGUUCUUGCUAUACUUGGAUUUCCGCGAGAUUAAGCAUAUUUUCUAUUUGAUGGUCAUGUAUGUGUGUAUGUAUGUAUGUAUGAGAUGUUCUGUUCCAUGCCCUACGUAUGUAUGUAUGUACGAUCAAAUUACUCAGAUUCAGUAACAUAAACUAUCAUGAAAAGAUGAGUUGCAUGCA